GGGAAGCCCCAUCCACCACCGCCAGCCGCCAAUGGUGGUGGCGCCGGAGGACCACCAUCCUUCCCCGUUACCAAAGAUCAGAUGUACGGAGCCACAUGCUCGGCGUACCGCCAGCAACUGAUAUGGAAGCAGAGGCACCGAAGGUCUCGCCGUGGGUGCUGCUGCGUAUGCUAUCUCUCACUGACGUUAGUCAUCGUUGCUCUGAUCCUCCUCGGCGCCAUCGUUGGCGGUGUGUUCUACGUGCUCUACCAUCCUCACCGCCCCACCUUUUAUGUCUCGUCACUCCGCCUCUCAACCCUCAACCUCACCUCAAACCAUCUCAACUCCCGGAUCAACCUUUCCGUCACCGCCCGCAACCCUAACCGCAAGCUCGUCUUCAUCUACGAUCCCAUCACCAUCGCCGCCUCAUCCUCCGGUGUAGACAUCGGUGACGGAAUCCUUCACGGCGUCCACGCACGACACCAAGAACACCACCAUCUUGAAAACCGCCCUCACGAGCUCCUCUCAGAGCUUGGACACCUCUACAGCCUCAGAUGUGAAGAAGAAGACAACGAUUCCGCUGGAGAUCGAUCUGGAAACCAAGGCCAGAGUCAAGAUCGGAAGCCUGAAAAUGAAGAAGAUGGAGGUUCGGCUUCGCCGACGGGUAGACGCGGUCCACCCAUCUCAGCAGCGCUUCAAGUUCUGAUCUCUCUCUCUCUCUCUCUCUCUCUCCUCACAAAUUCUCUCUAGGGUUUUGGAUCAAGAGUAAAGCUAUUUGAACCCAAAAAACUUCACGAAAACUGGUAUAUGGUAUUAGUGUAGGAUCUCUAACCAAUUCAGUUCAAUGCGAUUUAUACUCCAUGCUUUAUUUCUGUCACAGCAAAUGCUAAUUCGUGAAGUUUUUUUUGGUAUUAGUGCAAGAUCUCUAACUAAUUCAUUUCAAUGCAAUUUAUACUCCAUACUUUAUUUCCUGUCAGAGAACGCCAAAUAUUCGUGAAGUUUUUUCGGUUCAAAUAGGUUAUAGCAGUACUUGUCUUUACGAAUUCCUCACACGACUAUGCGGCAAAUGAACAUCUCUCUCCUCGUCAGCCUAUGUUAAAAAAAAAAUGAAUCCUUGAAAUCAAGACUGGCAUCACUAAUCAAGUUUUUUUUUCGACCCACCGCCACUCUCUUUUCACCGCCACCCCUCUUCACAUCAUCAUCAACUGCUCGUCAACCAACGCCGUCGCCGACGCCGACUCCACCAUCGUAGAAGUGCUGAAGAAGACGAGUUGGUUCUUAGAAGCAAACGUCGCCUGCCCGCCAACCGACGCCGACACCCCCGCCGCAGCCUUAAAAGUGCU